GACCAGGAAAGCCACUGUCAUUCUAAAUUCCAAAAGGACUCUUGCAUGCGAUCGAGGGCAUUAUUCAAAGCCAAGAAAGCUCAGCUACAGCUCUGGGAGAGGAACAAGAACAAUACCCAAAUUAAGAACUAUGUCGCGCUUGAAAAGCUGGCCGCUGCAUAUAUCGCGUCUGGCGAGAUUGAACUUGCUCGCCACCUGUUCGACACAAUUCCUAAACCACAUAUUGCUUGCUGGGAUUUGCUCCUCAGAACAUAUGCAUGGAAUGGGCCUUUUGAACAAGCCAUCAGUAUGUACCGUAAGAUGCUGGAGUCGGGAGUUACACCCUCCAAGUUCACAUUCCCAUUUGUUCUCAAAGCUUGUUCUGCUAUGAAAGCCAUAGAAGAUGGAAGAAUGCUGCAUGAUCAUGCGGUGAAACUUGGGCUCCAAUCCGACCUCUAUGUAUGCACUGCUUUGAUUGACUUGUAUGCAAAAUGUGGGAAUUUGAUUUUGGCACAACGUGUGUUUAAUAGCAUGUCAAAUAAAGAUGUUGUAGCAUGGAAUGCCAUGAUUGCUGGGUUCUCUCUCCAUGGAGUCUAUGAUGACACGCUGCAAUUGUUUCUUGAAAUGCAAAGGGCUGGAGUAAGACCCAACUCUUCUACAAUUGUAAGUCUUCUUCCGACCAUGGCGCAAGCUAAUGCUUUGGGCCAAGGAAAGGCCAUGCAUGGUUUUUGUGUGAGAAGGGAUUUUCACAAUGAUGUGGUGGUUGGAACUGGGCUAUUAGAUAUGUAUGCAAAAUGUCGAUGCAUAUCUAGUUCAAGGAGAAUUUUUGAUACGAUGGGCAUUAAGAAUGUGGUAACUUGGACCGCAAUGAUUGGAGCUUGUGUUACUAGUGAUUUGAUGGGAGAAGCAUUAGAGCUGUUCAAUCAGAUGGUGCUCAAGGGUUCAGUAAAUCCCAUGCCAGCAACCAUUGGUAGUGUUCUUCGGGCAUGUGCUGGACUAACUGAUCUGAGAAGAGGAAGAUGCUUGCAUUCUUACACAAUUAAAUCAGGCUACUUUCUAGAUAUGAUGGUAGCUAAUACAUUGCUUUCAUUAUAUGCAAAGUGCAGCGUCAUAGAUGAUGCAAUCAGGUUUUUUAGUGAAAUGAGGUUCAGAGAUACUAUUUCCUAUAAUGCCAUCAUCUCUGGAUGUGUACAAAAUGGUUUUGCCAUUGAUGCAUUACUAAUUUCCCGUGAAAUGUACUCAUCUGGAGUUUAUCCAGAUUUGACAACCUUAGUCAGUAUUCUUCCUGCUUGUUCACAUUUGGCUGCUUUACACCAGGGUACUUGUGGACACAGCUACUCUGUUGUCCAUGACUUCGUAGCUGAUACCUCAAUUUGUAAUGCACUUAUUGACAUGUACUCUAAGUGUGGCAAGGUUGAUAUUGCCAGAAAAGUAUUUGAUAGGAUGCAGAGGCGUGAUGUUGUCUCAUGGAAUGCAAUCAUAGCUGGUUAUGGAAUUCAUGGCCUUGGCACAGAAGCAAUUACACUGUUCCAUGAUAUGCAGGUUGCAGGUAUAGAGCCAGAUGACGUGACCUUCAUUUGUCUCCUGUCUGCUUGCAGCCAUUCAGGACUUGUCAAGGAAGGAAAGCACUGGUUUAAUGCAAUGAGUACAGAUUUUAAAAUUUCACCAAGGAUGGAUCACUAUACAUGCAUGGUAGAUCUUAUGGCCCGGGCUGGACUUUUGGAGGAGACCUACAAAUUCAUCAAGGAAAUGCCAUUUGAACCGAGUAUUAAUGUAUGGGUUGCUCUGCUUGCAGCGUGCAGGCUCAAUAAGAAUAUUAAACUUGGGGAAGAAGUAUCAAAGAAGAUCCAGAGACUAGGACCUGAAGGAACAACAAAUUUUAUUCUUUUAUCUGAUAUGUAUAAAACUCUAGGGAGAUGGGAAGAUGCAGAAAAAAUUAGAAUCAUGCAGAGGAACCAACGUCUAAGGAAAAGUCCAGGCUGUAGUUGGAUUGAGAUUAAUGGAGUUACUCGUGCUAUUCCUGGUAGUGAUCAGUUGUCCCCUCAGGGAACUAAUGCACUACAAGUGGCGAAUGCAAAAGUUGAACUAGGCAUGCACAUGUUCUAAGGGCAAAAGUUGAGCACGAUAGCUAGUUCUCUCUCCUUUGUUUCUUCAUGUUGCAGUGAAACACGUUCCAGGGGUAAGCGUUAGUUCUUCACAUGUAAUUGCUUCAUCUGUUCUGCAUUUAGAGUCAAUUGAACUACACUAUAAAUUGGGAGGAUCAUAUAUGGUUAAGGGAAGGCUACUUGAUUGCCUUGUGUUAGAAAGCGAUAAAUGUGCUUGGUGGGAACUCAAGCAAUAGAGUUUUCAGCAGGAA